AUGCGGCUGCCGCAACCCGGCGAGGCGCUCUCCGCGGGCCAGGCGGCGACGUUCCCCGCGCUGCGCCUCUUCGUCGAACGCGCGAAGGCCGCGGCGCCCGGCUUCGCGCUGACGGACGCCGACGUGCCGCAGCUCGUGGCCCUGUGCACAAGGCUGGACGGCAUCCCGCUGGCCAUCGAGAUCGUUGCCGCGCGGGUCGACUCACUGGGCAUCGCCGGCUUGUCGGACCAGCUUGAGAGCCUGCUGCUGCACCUGCCAGUGCGGCGUCGCCAUGCGCCCGCCCGGCACAGCACCCUGGCGGCCCUGCUGGAAUGGAGCUACCGCCUGCUGUCGCCCGUGGAGCAGACGGUGCUGCGGCGGCUGUCGGUGUUCCGCAGCGGCUUCAGCGCGGAGGUGGCCGAGCAGGUCGUCGGCGAUGCCGAGAUCGGCGACGACGAUGUCCAGGAGACGCUGCUGGAUCUGAUGGCCAAGUCGCUGGUCGCGCCCGGCCGCGGCGGCGAUCCUGCCCUGCGACGGCUGCUAGACACCACCCGCAGCUACGCCGGCCACAAGCUGGACGAAGCCGGUGAGCGUCAGGCGGUGAGCCUGCGCCAUGCGCGCUGGCUGGCCGGCGUGCUGGCCGAGGCCGAGAGCGCCUGGAACUUGAUGACCCGGCAGCAGUGGAUGACGCGCUACUCGCCGCUGAUCGACGACAUCCGCGCUGCGCUCGACUGGGCCUUCACGCCCGACGGCGACGUCGCACUGGGCAUGGACCUGACGAUUGCCGGCUUCGCGAUCGGGCGCCAGAUGCUGCUGGUCGACGAGUUCACCGAUCGCGUGAAGCGGGCCAUCGAUGCCAUCACGGCCCACGGCGAUGGCCCGGGGCCUGCGCUCGACCCGGCCGACGCCGAUGCACGGCGCAAGCGGUUGACCUUCCUCAUCGCCUGCCUCGGCCUGGCCAGCGACGCGGCCCUGACCCCGACGCUCGAGACCGCGGCCACCUCGCUGACCGGCGCGGACCAGUUGCUGCAGCGCUUCGCCGGCUGCAACGGCAUGUGGGCGACGGCCGUGUUCCGUGGUGACUUCAAGGACGGCGGCGCCUGGGCGGACCGCAUGGAGCAGCUCGCGGACGCCAUCGGCGACCCGGUGGCCCGGCUCGUGUCGGGCCGCAUCCAGGCGCAGACGCUGCACUUCGCCGGCCGCCACAGCCUGGCCGCCGAGAAGGCGCGCGGUGUGCUCGGCGAGUCGUGGCGCACCAUUCCGCUGAGCUACAACCCGUCGCCCGUCGAGCUGCGCGUGUCCAUGCGCGUGAUGCUCGCGCGGACGCUGUGGAUGCAGGGCCGCCCCGACAGCGCCGCGGCGAUGGCCGAGGAGGCCAUCGAGCAGGCGCUGACCGAUUCGCCGCUGGCGCACUGCCAGGUCAUCGUGAUGGGUUCGCUCGUCAUCGCCAUGUGGAGCGGCCUGGCCGCACCGGCAAGGGAGCUGGCCGGCCAGCUCGUCGACCUUGAAAAGCUGCUGGGGUUUUCUCACUGGCUGCGCUGGAGCCGGGGCCUUCGCGCCAUGGUGGCACUGCGCGAAGGCGGCGACGUGCCGGCGAUCGCGGACGCCAGCUGGUUCGAGGAACCCGAGCCGGUGCUGGCCGACCACCUCGCCACGCUCGACGACCGCUGGCUCACACCGCGCUGCAUCCAGCGCGUCGAGUCGGGCAUGCGCCAGGCCCGCCAGACCGUCGAACGCCUGACCGGCUUCGACCGCGGCGAGCCCUACACCGAGCAGCAGCUCGCCGACUUCCAGGAGCGGCUGGCCAAGACGCAGCUCUUCGACGCGGUGCGCGUGCAACUGCAACCCGAAGUGGUGGAGGCCGACGGCACCAGCCCCGUGCUCGUCACGCUGACCGAGUCGUCGCUGCAGCAGGCCACCGUCGCCCCGCGACCUGCGCGGCGGCGAACUGGAGCUCAGCUCCCACCCGCAGCCCGACCUGAAGCGCAACCUCGCCUCGCUGCAGUUCGAGCAGGACCGCAGCGGCGACAAGAUCGCCACCAACCUCGGCCUGCGCGUGGGGCGGCUGUACGAGUCCCCCCGCGACGAGCGGCUGACCUAUGUCGAACUGCUGCGCGCUCGCGAGACGGCGGGCAGCCAGGUCAACACCAACCUCGCCGUGUCCAUCAACCAGCAGUGGAUACGCCGCCGGCUGGACAGCACGCUGCUGCCGACCGACGGCCACCAGGGCCUGCUGCUCGUGGGCCUGGGCCAGGUGCGGGGCGGCGGCACGGACGACAGCGGGCCGUUCGGCCGCAUGCAGCUCAAGCUCGGCGUCUACAAGCCGUUCGGCGGCUGGUUCGCCUCGGCACGCGCCGAGGUGGCCCAGGUCAUCGCACGCGAGCAGGUCGGCGUGCCGGAGAAGCUGCUCUUCCUGGCCGGCGGCGAUGA